UCAUUAAUUGCCCCCUUAAGCUCGGCUCCCCCGUACUGUCCAUUCACGCUCUUCCAAAUGGCCGGAGAUUUAUCCACCAGCUUUCCGUCUCUCGGCCCCUUCUCCAUUACUCACUGUCUAAAAUGAACUAGGAAACUCCCCCUCUUCCUCGAUCGAAGGAGCUCGGGGUCCCCGGAGGAGCGGUCGGCGAGCUAGCCCUCGGUUGCCUCGGAGAUGGGGAGCUUGCGAGGCAGCGCCGCCGGAGAGGGGAGGAGCGAGGAUGGAGGGAAGGUCGGGCUGCCGGCGUUGGACGUGGCGCUCGCAUUCCCGCAGGCCACUCCGGCGUCCCUGCUGUUCCCGCCCGCUGUAUCAGACUACUACCAGAUUGAUGAUUUGCUGACCGAUGAAGAGAAGGCACUUCGGAAGAAAGUCCGUGCUAUUUCAGAGAAAGAAAUCGCGCCAAUUAUGACAGAAUACUGGGAGAAGGCAGAAUUUCCAUUUCAUGCCAUUCCGAAACUUGCAACUCUUGGCUUAGUUGGAAGUACAAUGAAGGGAUAUGGGUGCCCAGGACUCUCACUUACAGCCAGUGCUGUUUCUAUAGCAGAAGUUUCACGGGUCGAUGCAAGCUGCUCCGCAUUUAUUCUAGUGCACUCCUCUUUGGCGAUGUCCACAAUCGCCCUUUGUGGCUCAGAGGCUCAAAAACAGAAGUACUUACCGUCGAUGGCUCAGCUUAAAACUGUUGGUUGCUGGGCUUUAACAGAACCAGAUUACGGAAGCGAUGCAAGCUCCUUGAAAACUUCAGCAACCAAGGUACCUGGUGGUUGGCAUUUAGAUGGUCAAAAGCGCUGGAUUGGUAACAGCACGUUUGCAGAUGUGCUCAUAAUUUUAGCUAGGAAUGCUGACACAAAGCAACUAAAUGGAUUUAUUGUGAAGAAAGGGGCUCCUGGUUUGAAAGCCACAAAAAUCCAAAACAAAAUUGGUCUCCGAAUGGUACAGAAUGGCGAUAUUCUUCUGAAUAAAGUAUUUGUCCCGGACGAAGACAGAUUAACAGGCAUCGAUUCAUUUCAAGAUAUAAACAAGGUCCUUGGGAUGUCACGUGUUAUGGUGACAUGGCAACCAAUUGGCGUAGCAAUGGGGGUCUACGACAUGUGCCAUCGGUAUUUGGGAGAAAGGAAGCAGUUUGGAGCUCCACUGGCAGCCUUUCAGCUCAACCAAGAAAAGCUUGUUCGGAUGCUUGGUGACAUCCAGGCCAUGGUUCUUGUUGGCUGGCGCCUAUGCAAGCUUUACGAGUCGGGCAAAAUGACACCAGGCCAUGCUAGUUUAGGCAAGGCAUGGACAUCCACCAAGGCAAGGGAGGUAGCUUCCGUAGGUCGCGAGCUAUUGGGUGGCAAUGGAAUUUUGGCUGAUUUUCUGGUAGCAAAGGCCUUCUGCGAUCUGGAGCCGAUUUUCACGUACGAGGGCACCUAUGAUAUUAACAGCCUGGUGACUGGAAGAGAAAUCACUGGGACUGCUAGCUUCAAACCCGCUGUUUUGGUGAAAUCCCGGCUCUAAUAAUUCUUAUUGUUAUCCCGGUACAGUGAACAACAAAGCACAUCCUCACCAUGUAUUCUGGUGGGUAAGAUGGGAAUAAGUGCAGUACAGUGAAAAAAGAACGUGUGAACUUGCUUGUUCAAUGGUAGCAUGCUGGACCUUGAUUCUUAGAAAAUCAUUUGAAAUUGCAUGGUGAGUGGCGAAUAUAAGGUUGGGUCUGGAUUUUUAAUUCAUUGAAAUAGUUUUAACGGA